CUUGAGAUGUGCGAAAAAGUGAAUAGAAAGAAUCAAAGAACAAUUGAAAUCAGAGGAACUAUUUGUUUUGCAUUUUAUAUGAGCAGGUAGUUAAAACUUAAAACUUGAAACUAGUUUUGUAUAUCGCCGAGCCGCCAUGCCAGUUACUUCUUUGAGCUCAAAUCUUCUAUACUUUUACACCAACGAGACCAUUUCCAAUCAACAAUGGAGUUCCAACUCUUCGAGUCUCGAUUCUAGGUUUUUUACCUAUCUUCAAAUCAGGGCAACUCUUAAAAUCUCCAAUUCCAGAAGAGAGUUUGCUAAUUUUGUCGUAAAAUCCUCUAAAUCGGAUUCUUUCAAUACGAUUCCAUAUGAAACCGAGGUUUUAGAAGAUACUUCUCCUACAUUCGACAAUGGAGGUUCUGACGAUGGUAAUGGAAAUUUUCCGCCUGAAAAUAAUGGCGGAAAUGGCGGCGAUGGUGAAGAAGAAGGAGACGACGAGGAAGAGAAAGAGUUUGGGGCUGUGAUGAAAUUUGAGGAUGUGAUGAGAGAAGCUGAGAAACAUGGCGCAGUUCUUCCUUCUGAUUUUCUUGAAGCUGCUAAAACUUCUGGGAUUAGAGAAUUGAUAUUGAUGCGUUAUUUGGAGUUGCAGGGAGCAGCUGGGCCGCUAGGGUUUUUGAUGCGACAUUGUGCAAUGCUUCGUAAUAGAAUGUUGGCUGAUCCUGCAUUCUUAUUUAAAAUUGGGACUGAGAUUGUAAUUGAUUCCUGUUGUGCUACGUUUGCGGAAGUUCAGAAGAGGGGAAAGGAUUUUUGGACAGAAUUCGAACUUUACCUUGCUGAUCUUCUUGUUGGUGUGGUUGUGAAUGUGGCCUUAGUUGGCAUGCUAGCACCAUAUGUUCGUAUUGGGAAACGAUCUGCAUCUUCUGGUUUUCUGGGAAGCAUCGGCCGUGCUUGUCGCGAUCUUCCCAGUAGCGUCUUUGAAGCUGAAAGGCCAGGAUCUAGAUUUUCAGUGAAGCAGCGAUUGGCUUCAUAUCUUUACACGGGAGUACUGCAAGGGGGAGUUGGAUUUGGAUGUGGAAUUUUGGGCCAAGGCAUAGCGAAUCUGAUUAUGACUGCCAAAAGGAGCAUAAAGAAGUCAGAUGAGGAUAUACCAGUCCCACCACUUAUUAAGAGUGCUGUACUCUGGGGGGCCUUCCUCGCUAUUUCAUCCAACACUCGUUAUCAAAUUAUUAAUGGACUAGAACGGGUGGUCGAGGCAUCCCCAUUGGCAAAGAACAUACCACCAGUUGCUAUGGCUUUCACUGUUGGUGUGCGAUUCGCCAAUAACGUCUAUGGUGGUAUGCAGUUUGUUGAUUGGGCUAGGUGGAGCGGCGUACAAUAAAAUCCCCUCACUUCCAGGGGCAAUCCGUCGACUUCAUCCCUAACCCAGGCAACCUCUUUUCUUCUUGGCUUGACAACACAAUUUGAAACCCGGGUACCGAUUCCUCGUCACAUGUACAAUCAGCUCUGGCCAAAUUUACCGCUCAGCUCGAGUCUCAGCGAAUCGUCUCUCUGAUAGUAUUUGCUUCAUCGCAACAGCUGUGCUAUCUCUCAAUAACAUUGGGCUGAAUUGAAAUUUUAGCAUUAUGGGGUGAGGUCUAAUAGUAGAUGUAGACUAGUAUUAGUUUUAGAAGGUUUGAAAUCUUUGAAUUAACAGAUUAUCAAUCAAUAAAGAAGCAAGUAUUAGUUUUAGAAGACAGACUGCUGUUCAAAGUAAGCCCUUGUGGUUUUUUAAUUACUUCUCUGCCCUAAUGAAUUUGCUUUAUUUCCUAUUUUAAUUUAUCAAAUUGUAUUAUUUCUAUUUUA